GAACACCUACCAAACAAAUUCAAAAAAGUUAGUGAGACAUCCAUUAUUUCUCACCUUUAUACAAUCCAAUAUUAGAAAUUAUAGAGAACAAACUUUAAAAAGCCCCAUACAUUGCCUUAACCCACUCCCUCCUCAAAUCCCUUCUAUUGUGGCUUGUGCCAACGUAGAGACGCAAAGAAAAGAUCCAAAAAGUAGCGUAAGUGCCAAACUCAUUCUCUCACACACACUCUCUCUCUCUAAAUCCAACGGUUGAUACUUAACAUCAUCCACCACAUUCAAUCUCAACCGUUGAUUGUUAAGAGCUUAUGAAGGAUGGUUGCUAUGCUUAAACGCCUUUGUUUUAUGAGGCUUGUCCCCUACUAUGAGGCGUUGCUUUGUUGUUGAAUUCUAAGUUGCAGUUUGUUUAAGUCUUCUUUUUUCUCUCUUUCUCUCUGUAAAAUUAUGCAUCAUUAAGGGAGAAUCCAAACACCUUUUUCCAAAGAAUCACAUUUUUAUUAUUCUCUUUUUUCCUUUCAAUUAUAUACAUAGCUCUCUCUUAUAAUGGUAAUGUCAAUCAUUCACCUAAAGAAACCUAUUCUUUUUAUUUCUCUAUUAUUAUUAUUAUUAUUAUGAUAUUAAAUCAUGUACAACAUUAUUCUCACCUUAGCUUCUAUAUAUAUUAAAAAGAUUACACCCACCUCAAAUUUAUUGCCAUAUUUCUCAUAAUUUUGUUACUAUUACUAGUACCACCACCACCUCUACUAAUUCAUCAAUAAUGGAUGCCCCUCCUUGGUUAGUGCCAUUGUUAGGUACUACAUUCUUUCACAUUUGUAGAAUCCAUGGAGACGCGGCGCGAAGCGAAUGCAAUAUGUUUUGUUUAGAUUGUCAUUCAGAUGCAUUCUGCUACUAUUGCAGAUCAUCUAGGCACAAAGAUCAUCAAGUAAUACAGAUAAGAAGAUCUUCAUACCAUGAUGUAGUGAGAGUAGGAGAUGUACAGAAGAUGAUGGAUAUAAGUGGAGUGCAGACAUAUGUUAUAAACAGUGCCAGAGUUAUGUUUUUGAAUCAAAGGCCUCAGCCUAAAACAGGAAAAGGUGUUGCUCAUUUGUGUGAGAUUUGUGGGAGAAGUCUUUUAGACCCUUUUCGCUUUUGUUCUUUGGGAUGCAAGCUUGUAGGAGUAAGACGAAAUGGGAAUGCAAGCUUUGCCAUAGAUGGGAAGAAGAGUGAAGAAGGGAUAUCAUCAAUGAGAAUGAAUAAUAAUAGUUGUAGUAGGAAAGAAAGAGAAGCUUUGCGUGAAGGCUCAGAACAAGACAUUUACCCGCCCACGCCGCCUCCACCUCCUUCAAAUUCAAGAAGAAGAAAAGGGAUUCCUCAUAGAGCACCUUUUAAGUCUUGAUUUUAAUUAAUUAACCUUAAUCAUAUUUUACCAACUACUACUCACUAAUUAUGCUUUCUUACCACCCCCAAUUUCAUUUUCUUUCUGUGAUUAUAUAAAUGUGAAUUUGCUAUUAAUUAUCAUGUUUAAUUACUGAUUUAAGGCGGAAAAUUCUGCUCCAUUUAUUUUGUACCAACUUUCACCAUACAAGUUGUAUAUCACUCAUCAUAAAUUGUGGAAUUACUUAUAAUUUGAAUACCUUA